CUGAAACAGACUGAAACAGACUGAAACAGACUGAAACAGACUGAAACAUCUGAAACAUCUGAAACAUCUGAAAGAGACUGAAACAUCUGAAACAGACUGAAACAGGUGGAUCUUGAUUCUUCACAUUUGUGGGAGAUUCACUUUAAAGACUCUGCGGCUCGUGUGUUUCUGUGGGACGCGCCUCUGCUCCGGGACACUUCUUUGCUCCUUUUCUCCUCAUCUUCUCUUUUCCUCCUCUGCUCCUCUCUUCCUCUCUUCCUCCUCCUCUCUUCCUCCUCUCUUCCUCUCUUCCUCCUCCUCUGCUCCGCACAGAUGCUCCUCGUGCUCCUCUGCGCGUCCCUGUGGCUCCGGGGCGCGCUCUCUUACGGGGUGUUCGCGGCGCAGAGCUCGGCCCCGGACCCCUGCUACGACGAGCACGGACACCCGCGCCGCUGCAUCCCGGACUUCGUGAACGCGGCGUUCGGUAAAGAGGUCAAAGUGUCCAGCACGUGCGGGAAAACCCCGAGCCGCUACUGCGUGGUCACCUCCGCGGAGAAAGGAGCGGAGCGGACCCGGACCUGCCACACGUGCGACGCCUCGGACCCGCGGAAGGCGCAUCCUCCCGCGUAUCUCACCGACCUCAACAACCCGCACAACCUCACGUGCUGGAGGAGCGACAGCUUCAGGCAGCACCCGCAGAACGUCACGCUCACGCUGUCCCUCAGCAAGAAGUUUGAAGUGACCUACGUGAGCGUCCAGUUCUGCUCCCCGCGCCCCGAGUCUCUGGUCAUCCACAAGUCCAUGGACUACGGGAAAACGUGGGUCCCGUUCCAGUUUUACUCCACGCAGUGCAGGAAAAUGUACAACAAACCGAACCGCGCCGCGAUCACGAAGCAGAACGAGCAGGAGGCGGUGUGCACGGACUCGCACACGGACAUGUACCCGCUGACCGGGGGCCUCAUCGCCUUCAGCACUUUGGACGGACGCCCCUCCGCGCACGACUUCGACAACUCCCCGGUGCUGCAGGACUGGGUCACGGCCACGGACAUUAAAGUGACGUUCAGCCGCCUCCACACGUUUGGAGACGAGAACGAGGACGACUCGGAGCUCGCGCGGGACUCGUACUUUUACGCCGUGUCGGACCUGCAGGUGGGCGGGAGGUGCAAGUGCAACGGACACGCGUCCCGCUGCGUCACGGACCGGGACGGUGUCCAGGUGUGUGACUGUAAACACAACACCGCGGGCCCCGAGUGUGACCGGUGCAAACCCUUCCACUACGACCGGCCCUGGCAGCGCGCCACGGCCCGAGAGGCCAACGAGUGCGUGGCGUGUAACUGUAACCUUCACGCCCGGAGGUGUCGCUUCAACAUGGAGCUGUACAAACUGUCGGGGAGGAAGAGCGGAGGAGUCUGCCUCAACUGUCGCCACAACACGGCCGGACGCCACUGCCACUACUGCAAAGAGGGAUACUACCGAGACAUGUCCAAGCCCAUCACGCACCGCAAAGCCUGCAAAGCGUGUGACUGUCAUCCCGUGGGCGCCGCUGGAAAAACGUGUAACCAAACCACGGGCCAGUGUCCCUGUAAAGACGGCGUCACUGGCAUCACAUGCAACAGAUGCGCUAAAGGCUACCAGCAGAGCCGCUCGCCCAUCGCCCCGUGUAUAAAAAUUCCAGUUGCGCCGCCUACGACGGCUUCCACCGGCCCAGAGGAAGCGUCUGACUGUGAGUCCUACUGCAAAGCCUCAAAAGGAAAACUGAAGAUCAACAUGAAGAAGUACUGCAAGAAGGACUACGCGGUCCAGGCGCACAUCCUGAAGGCGGACAAGGCGGGCGAGUGGUGGAAGUUCACCGUCAACAUCAUCUCGGUGUACAAACAGGGCGAGAGCCGGAUCCGCCGCGGGGACCAGUUCCUGUGGGUGCGGGCCAAAGACGUGGCGUGUAAAUGCCCCAAAAUCAAACCGGGGAAAAAGUACCUGCUCCUGGGCAGCGACGAGGCGUCCCCCGGGCAGGGCGGGGUCGUGGCGGACAAGGGCAGCCUGGUGAUCCAGUGGAGAGACACGUGGGCACGCCGGCUCCGGAAGUUUCAGCAGAGAGAGAAGAAAGGCAAAUGUAAGAAGCCCUGAGCCGAGAACGAGCGGAAACACGGGAGAGACACGGGACUACAGAGAACGGACUGUUUAUGUCGCUGCUUUUUGUGUAGAAGCAUGAAGAGAAAUAUUUAGGAUGAUUUUUUUGUUUUGUUUUGUUAUUAGUGAAUUUUGGUUGAAGGAGCUCCCCCUACAGGUUUGGUUGUGCGUCGACUCUCGUGGAUUUGCCGAUUUUGCACCAUUACCGCUGUGUAAAGACGGUUCUGUUUAUUUCCUCUGUAGAUUCACACGUGGGCGUUUCCGGUCGGCCGCCGGUGUAAAACGCAGGAGGCGGAGUCACUCGGCCGUUAGCGCCGCCGCUGCAUGACGGGCGUUUGCGUUUCUUUGUAUUUUUUUACGCGGGUGUUUUGGCGUCGUACGAACCGGCCUCGUGGUGCAGCGAUUCACAAACGCAUCAGGGUUUCAGCGGUUUACCACUCGCCUGCUCCGUGUGAAAUAAACUCAUGUUUGUUUUUUUUAAAGUAUUAUUACAUGUUAUUUUUAUAGACCCGCCGGUUUACAUGUGCUACGAAAUGUCGACUUAUAAACAAAAAGAAUCAUGAUCACUUCCCACAGAAAACAGAUUUAAUUAUUAUUAUUUUUAUUUUUGGAAAGCAAUAAAAUUACAGCGCUA